AUGCUUUUCUCAACAGCUUCACACGAUAAAGCUCCACUGUCUGAUAUUAUCAGCAAUAACCAUAUCGCUCCUGCUUUUGUCAAAAUCCAAAUCAAGGUUGUUUUCUCAAUUCUUCUUGUAUAUCUGUCAGAAGAUACUCGUUAUCAAAUCAAUGUUCCUAUAGUAGGAAAGGUGGGCUGUUGCACAAUUUCUUCUUCAAAAUGCUUUAAAAUAUGUUUAAAGGUGGAUUCUGGAUUCCCUAGUCCACGUGUACCUCCAUUUGAACAAGUUGGUGAACUCUUAUGGCAAGGCGUAACUGUUGCAAUUAUAUCGUUUGUUAUACAUAUUGCGCUUGCUAAGUUGGUAUCGAAAAAAUUCAACUAUGAGAUUGACGUGAACCAGUCUACGAUUAAGGAAUGGUUUGCUCUUGGAGCUGGGCAUACAAUCUCAUCAUUUUUUGGAUGUUUUGUUGGUGGUUCUUCGAUUGGGCGAACUAUGAUGCAGGUGAAGUUGGGCACAAGAAGUCAGGUAAGGGCUUCUGGGAACCUAAUUAAGGGUGCAUUGGAUAAUGAGCUUUUCGUACAAUUGUAA